AUGUUCAAACGCACAUUUUCCAUCAAUUCAUCUUUACAAAUUCAAAACCCAUUGACUUCCUACUUCAAGAGUAAAUCAUUCAAAUCUGAAGAUUCCACCGUUGAAACAGACGAGUUGGUUAGCGAAAAUAACCCCUGGUCACCUACAUUUGAAGACGACCCCAUUUAUAUCCAAGAAAGAAACAAAAUACAAAAAACCAAACUUGCAGAUAUUUAUAGACUAGCUUAUAAGCCCCUAUAUGAAGCACCUUCGUCAAAAUACGUUUCGUUGCUCAAGAGGCUAACAUUGACUUUUGGCGUUGUUGGAGGAUACGGGGCAAAAUUGAUUUAUGAAAGUCCGCAAUUUGACGACUCAUAUGCCUAUACAUUGCUAGCAGGAACAAUAAUACCAAUUAUAUUAGUGCAGUGGAAAACAAGAGAUUAUGUAACGAGGAUUUUCCGGAUUUACAAUAAAACCAAACCUCAAACUUUGGACAAUUUGGUCAAUGACGAAAAUUUGGUUGCUGAGAAAUUGACUUUUACUGGUGGUAAAACAUAUAAUGAAUUGAUUAGAAUUACUGAUAACAAGUCUUUGAUUAUAUCGCCGAGUGCAAAAUGGUGGAAACCAUAUACUACAUGGGAGGAAAAAGAUACAAAGACGGGGAUUAAAAGGGAGUUUUACAUUCAGGAUGAUAUAGGUGGCAUUGAAAUGGACAGGCUAUGGGGGAUAGUUGAAAGAAAUAGCGGAAUAGAUAAGGGAAGAUCUUUCUGGAAGUAG